AGUUAGUAUUUUGAAGAAUAAACUACCAUUUCUCGCUGCUGCCUCCAACACCAAACACUCCAAACACACUCCGCUGCCUCGCCUCCCUUUUCCACUUUGGCUCCUUCUCCUCCUCCCUCUUCCAUCCACGGCGCCUCUUCCUCUGCUCCGCCGUGUCCAAUGCCUAAAAUCUUUUUCUGAGCGACAUCUUAUUUUCUAUUGAGAGCAAAAAGCAAUGCUUCCUCAGCGCAUGAAGAAAGCUGUCACUGAUAACCCAAAGAAGCUUGCCAACUUGAUUGACCUUGUCAACCUUCCAUCCUCUCUCAGAGACUUCGUAGGUCAAUCUCAGAUCUCUCGCUUGGGUUGCUUCAUGCGCGUUUGGUCCUACAUCAAAACCAAUAAUCUCCAGGAUCCAAACAACAAGAAUGUAGUCAACUGUGAUGAAAAGCUAAAAGGUAUUUUGCUGGGGAAACCUCGGAUUGAGCUAGCAGAACUCCCUGCGCUUAUCAAGCUGCAUUUUCCAAAAGAGCCCAAUAGGUGCUUCCACUAUCGUUUCUGGCUAGCCAUAGGUUUUGACGAACCCACCUCAUUCCACCUCUACCAUAUAUGGCCUUCAAAGUCUGAAAAAUUGCUGCCAUAGAAAAAGAACACGCAUUUCUGUCGGCCGCUGCUGAUUGACUAACUCCAAACGCAAAACCCAUUCUAUAGAAGAACUUCGGUCUCCAUGAAGGCACCAUAAUUCUCAGAUGAAGACGCAGUCAAAGCACAAAAUACAUGGCAAUUAUAACAAGUCUAUUAUCUUUUAUUUUAAAUUAUCCUCAACGUGUACGUAAUAUAAUGAAA